AUGCUUUCAUGUUUGCGUCAGAUCCAUCACAGGAAAAAAAAGGAACCAUGCGUGCUUUCUACUGCCCCUGCAGAGGAGGGGGCGAAUCUGUUGCGGCGCGCUGUGUACGACACGAUUGUUUCCAGUGAACACCAUCAUAUUCAGACACUUCAGGAAAGUCAGAGAAUAAUAGAGAGUAGUGAGUUUGAAACACUCGAAGAGAAAAAAGCUAUGCAGCGGAUGGGAAGCUUCAUGGUAAGCGUUGUCCAGAAGCAUAUGCAAGCGGUCACGUUUGAAUCUACGCUUGCUGCAACCUGUCGUAAGCAGCAAAGACAGAAACCGCGAGGCGUGAGCAAUGUCAUUAUGGGAAGUGAGGAGGAGGUAGGGCAGCUGCUGCUCAUGAACCGCACUAUGGCGCUUGGUACAACAUGUACGUUUCUAGAGGGCCUGAUAAAUCACGACAAAGAACUCGCGUUGGCACCCAUCUUAUGUACGAGUGAAGAGCGCGAGGCAGAACCUGUCCGUCACCCCAGCGUGCAGGAUCCGGUGCCUUUCCUUCGGCAGUCACAUCCGGCGCUAGGGGCGAUUUUGUUGGACACAGCAGAACAGGCGGUCGGUGCCACACAGAAAGACGGCAGAGAGCUCUCUAUGACUCAAGGCUCCGGUACACUGAGCCAACUAGGUAAUCGUUUCACUCAGUCGACUCUGACACAGCAGCGCGAAGGAGUUCUCAAACGGCGACGGCAAGACGACAACAGCGACAACGACAACGACGGAAGUGUCACAUCCUCGUGCAAGCGGAAUCCCUCUUUUGUGGUCAGAAUUGGCGAAGGGGUUUUGAAAUCACGGAAACAAUGUGAUCCCGACGUAGAAGGUACAGUUACUGGCAGCCUCCCUACCCCGGCGACCGACCAAACAAAACGACAGGAGACCCAGCGGUCUGAACAGAACAGAAUCGUUCAAUCCCAGCGGUCCGCCACUUCAUCACAACCGCAUACCCAAAAAGGUCAACCGCUGCCGUCAGGUACCACCGACGAGAACAGCGCCCCCCGUCUGUCUCCUCUCACGGGAAGCACAGCAAAGGUUUCCGGGAGUCUGCAACGUUCUCAAUUGGCCUCGGGCGAGGGAGAAGCAAUUGAACGCGCGGAAAAUUCGUCCACUGCCAAUCGUAGGGGAGACCCUUGGACAGGUCGUCACAACGCUCACGGCAGCAGAGCUGGUAAAGGGGGCGACGAGGAAAAUGAACGGGGACCUGGGAGCAGCGCCGGCGGCUUUGUUACUGCCUGUGAACAACUGAAAAUGGACUUGAAGGCGGGGCGCGGGGUGCCACCUCAGUUUUCUAUGGAGCGGCGAAAGCCGGCACCAGGCGUGCGAUACCCGGGUUUCACACCACCGUUUCAGCGACAACCCGUGCGACCCAAUGGUGAUGUGCCGUCAGCUGACAAGGGAACUCAAGAUUCUACUGGUGGCACUCCUCCUCCUCCUCCUCCGACAGGAUCGGUAAGUUCCACCGUCAAAAGUAACAGAUUGUCUCCGGCGCGGAGACUGAAGCAGCGCUCAAGAGCCUCCAGCUCCGACGAUGACCGUAGCGAUUUCCCCUCCUCUCUACUCCUGCCGGAUGGCAGUAUUCCUCCGAUCCUCCAAUCGCUGGAUGCACGUCUUGUAGCGCAAGUUGCUUCAGAAAUCAUUGAGCACAGCGGUGGUGGGGGUGGUGUUGGUUGGAAUGCCAUUGCAGGUCUUGAGCACGCCAAACGGAGCGUGGAGGAAGUGAUUGUGUGGCCGCUGCAGCGACCGGAGUUUUUUGUCGGUCUUCGAGGUCCGCCGCGUGGGCUGCUGCUGUUUGGUCCACCAGGCACGGGGAAGACGAUGAUUGCUCGCGCCAUUGCGAACCGUGCACAGUGCACCUUCUUCAACAUUAGCGCCUCUUCUGUGAUGUCGAAAUGGAUGGGUGACGGUGAAAAGUUAGUUCGUUGCCUCUUUGCCGUUGCCGUGGUGAAGCAACCGAGUGUUAUCUUCAUUGAUGAAAUCGAUUCCCUCCUCUCCAUGCGUAGCGAGGGCGAAAUGGACGCUGUGCGGCGCGUGAAGACCGAGUUUCUCGUGCAACUUGAUGGUGUUGCCACGAACCAAGGGGACCGUGUCCUUCUCAUUGGCGCCACAAAUAGGCCUGACGAAUUGGAUGAAGCAGCAAGGCGGCGGUUGGAAAAGCGGCUCUACAUCCCCCUUCCCGACAUCAAUGCGCGCGCUCAGCUUAUAAAGAUGCUACUUGAACAGACAGGUACUAACUGUGGGCAGGCUGUUGGUCAAAGUGCGGAGAGCGCUGGAAAAGCCGCUUCUAGUGUGAGUGAUAUGGACGAGAAGAGCAUCAUGCAUGUUGCCACGGCAACUGAAGGAUACUCGGGUUCGGACAUUAAACAAUUGUGUUCUGAAGCGGCAAUGUAUGCGGUGCGUGAGCUUAAGGAGAAGCUGAAGGAUCUCGAAAUACGUGAGCUAAGGCCUAUCCAAAGAAAGGACUUUGUUAGGGCGCUACGACGCUCUCGACCAAGUGUCGGGGCGGAUGAAGUUCGUCGUUAUGUGGAAUGGAAUAAAAAGUUCGGCUCCUUUCCAACAGGAGUGAUGGACGCGGAUGAGGAGGAGGAGGAAGAGGACGAAGGUGAAGGUGAAGGUGAGGCAACCAUCAAACGGUGA